AUGGUCACCAUAUAUGCAUUCCGUGGAUGCGAAAAUAGACUCGGUCGGCGUUUGCCUUUUUCUUCGUUAUUGGGACCUACUGAUAAAUAUAAGCCCAAAAAAGAAGAGAACAGGAUUAUUCGUAAAAAGAAAGAGGAUGAGCAGGAAUUGAAAAUCAAGGAGGCCCCGAAAAUUUCGUCCGCUAUGUUCCUUAAAUUCAAUAAUCAGCUUGGUCCUCCAUUUCACGUGCUCGUCGACACAAAUUUCGUCAACUUUGCUGUUAAGAAUCGGCUGGACGUAAUUCAAGGCUUCCGAGAUUGUCUCUAUGCACAUACGAUUCCCUACAUAACGGAUUGUGUGAUGGGCGAACUGGAAAAAGCUGGACGUCGGUUCAAAAUCGCUUUGAAAGUUAUAAAGGAUAACCGAUUUCAGCGUUUGAAGUGCGAUCACAAGGGUAUCUAUGCUGAUGACUGUUUAGUGCAGCGCGUUACUCAGCAGUUCGGCGACUCGGGAGUCGUUGAGGAUCCUGCUAUUAUUUGA